CAUUUCUUUAGGGUUAUUUAAUUUUUGAAUGGUUGUUUCUCAAAAUUUCUAGAACCCACCUCACAUAGUUUCUCUCACUUUCUCUUCAUCUUCUUUCUUUAUAAAGUCCCGUACACGGAACCACGAGAAAAAAUAAUAUUUCCCUCUGGGGAUUCUGAGAGAAGUUAUGGUCUUGGGCUUGUGGGUUUUUACUCAAACUAUUGAAUUCAUCUCUGAAGCUUACAUCCAUGGAAGCAGAUAGACAGAAGCUUUGUAACAAUCUUGAUGGUUCUAAUUUUUUUCUUUCUGGGUUCUAUUGCUGGGGCUGGGAAUUCUUAACUGCUCUCCUGCUUUUUAGUUCCUCCAUCUAAAUCUAAUUCAAUCUCCAAUAAGUAAUACAAUAAAGGGAUCUUUUCUUUCUUCCCUGUUUGGUUAAUUUUCUUAGAUACAUAGAUUUCUUUUCUUUUCUUUUCUUUUCUUUUCUCUUUAAUCCCCUUCUGUUUGUUUCUAUUGGGUGGUUGGUGAGCGGUAAAUCGGGAAGAAAUGGCGCAGCGGUCAGUUCCGGCGCCGUUUUUGACGAAAACGUAUCAGUUGGUGGAUGAUCCGAGCACGGACGAUGUGAUUUCCUGGAAUGAAACAGGAACAACUUUUGUGGUCUGGAAAACUGCAGAUUUUGCCAGAGAUUUGCUUCCUAAUUACUUCAAGCACAACAACUUCUCUAGCUUUGUUCGCCAACUCAAUACCUACGGCUUUCGAAAGAUCGUGCCUGACAAAUGGGAAUUCGCCAACGAGAAUUUUCGUCGAGGACACAAGGAGCUCCUCUCCGAAAUACGACGCCGGAAAACUGUAAAUCCUACGGCAACUCAGACUCCGGUCGCCUGUAAGUCCGGAGCAGGAGGAGGAUUAACUACCUCCCUAUCCAAUUCCGGUGAAGAUUUGGGUUCCACUUCUACGUCCUCUCAGGAUUCGAAGAAUCCGGGAUCAGUGGAGACGGCAGCGACCAUGACAACGCAAUUUGCCGACUUAUCGGGUGAGAACAAGAAGUUGAAGAAGGACAACGAGAUGCUGAGCUCGGAGCUGGCGCAAGCUAAGAAACAGUGCGACGAGUUGAUUGCUUUCUUAACCGAGUAUGUGAAAGUGGGACCCGAUCAAAUCAAUCGCAUCAUGCGGCAAGGAAGCUGCUGUGGGUCCACCCUUGAUGGAUUGGUGAGUGGAAUCACCGCCGGGACUGAUGAUCACAAUGAUGAUGACGACGACGACAAAAAUGGUAGGAACGACGACGGUGAAGAUGCUGGUGGAAGCGGCGAGAGUUUUAAACUAUUUGGGGUUUUGGUGAAGGGGAACACGAAAAAGCGGGGUCGCGCUGAGAAUCUUGGAUUUUCUCGGCCCCACGCAAAGGAAAUCAAGAUCUAAAACUGAAAAACGAGAGGGCGUGCAUGGUAAGGUCCAUGCACCCGUCUGCAUCUGAUAUGAAAGUAGAGAGAAUCAGAAAGUCUUUGUAACCGUGUCGGUAUCUCAUGUGUAAUUCAAUAAUUGCGUAGGAUGUAGUAAAAGUAGAUCUUUUUAUGUGUA